AUGAGUGUGGGUUGCCAAGCCUACACCCUGGAGGGCCAGCUCUGCACCGCCCUCACCAACGUCUACGACCUCAUUUACACCACAGGAGACCAGAGCCUACGCGUUUAUGCCUCCGAGGAACUCCAUAUUAGCAUGACAUAUCUCAGAGGUGUUUCCAAGACUGGCAGAUUUUUGACUACCUCGACAACCAGUACCUCAACUUCAACCUCAACUACGUCAACUACAACGGCAACCACAUCCAUCACUACCAGUACUUCCCCUGCCCCUACUACCACAUCAACUACCACGGCGCCGCCAGGAUGCCUCACCUCCCCUAUAGCAAAUGAAGACCGUGUCCUUGAGGGUCCUUCAGGCAGCCUCCUGGUGGACAACACGACCUUCUACGUAAACAACCAGGACUGCUCGUGGAGGAUCAUCGUCGCCGACGGCUAUUUCGUCAACAUCACCUGGCUGAACUUUGACGUCGAGCCCUCCUUCGACUCAGUGAGAGUGGCGGACCCUUGCUUGCCGUUCGACUAUUAUGCGUGGGAAUACUACGAUGGCAACACUCUUCCUCCAAACAUGUUAUCAACAAGCAACCAAAUGGUGAUUCAUUUUUCUUCGGACAGUUCGGUCAUUUACCCGGGCUUUUCGCUCGCGUACGAGGCGGUCAACUAAUUACUCUACAGUAUAAUAAGUCUGUAAGGGAGGUCAGCGAUGGACGAAGUCUUGGAGAUAUUUUAUGGAAAGCAAGAUAAAAGCUGAGAGAGACAAAG